ACUUUUCUGCCUCCACUUCGUGCUCCGGCUCUCUGCUGUCUCUUCACCUCCGGGCUCGUCUGCGGAGGCGCUCUGCUGCAGGGAAACAUGCUCAGGAACUCGGCUCGGAGUAUUUCGCAACCUGUAGUCUACUGACUCACAACGGACAGCCCUGUACCACAGACUCACCUUUAAAAUGGCCCAAGUGAACUACACCUGUCACUAUAAUGAGUCUAUGGGCUUCUUCUACAACAACAUCGGUGCUGACGACAAAUGGGACAACACGCAGCUCAUCCUGGUGCAGGUGGUGGGCUCGCUCUUCUGCUGCUUCAUCUUGGUCUCCAACGCCAUGGUCAUAGCUGCUGUCAUCACCAACAAGAGGUUUCACUACCCUUUCUACUAUCUUCUAGCCAACCUUGCCGCCUCGGACUUCCUGGCAGGCAUAGCAUACGUGUACCUGAUGUUUAACACAGGCGAGGUGUCACGGAAACUUACAGUUAAAGGAUACUUCAUCCGUCAAGGUCUUCUGGACGUCAGUCUCUCAGCAUCGCUGGCUAACCUGCUGGUGAUCGCUCUGGAGCGCUACAUCUCCGUCAUGAACUGGAAAGUCCACAGCAACUUGACAAAGAGGAGGGUGACCCUGCUCAUCGUCCUGGUGUGGGCCAUCUCCAUCUUCAUGGGGGCCGUGCCGAGUCUGGGCUGGAACUGCAUUUGCAACCUGAGCGACUGCUCUCAGCUGGCUCCCAUCUUCAGCCGGAGCUACCUGAUCUUCUGGUCCGUGUCAAACUUGGUAGUGUUCCUGGUGAUGGUGGUCAUCUACAUGAGGAUCUACACCUACGUCAAGAGGAAGACGGCGGUGCUCACGCCACACACCAGCGGCUCCAUCAACCGCAAGAGGACGCCCAUCAAACUCAUCAAGACAGUCAUGGUUGUACUCGGGGCCUUUGUGAUCUGCUGGACUCCCGGCCUGGUGGUUCUGCUGCUGGAUGGCCUAAACUGUACGAGUUGCAAAGUCAUGAAAUGUAAACGCUGGCUGCUGCUCCUGGCUGUGGCUAACUCCGUCAUGAACCCCUGCAUCUACUCAUACAAGGACGAGGAAAUGUGGACAACCUUCAAGAACCUCAUGCGCUGCAUAGGUAAUGGCACGCGGCGGCAGAGGUCAACGAAGGCCAAUGCCAGGCCGCUCAGCUCUGCUCAGGAUACGGGCAACAGUCAGCCUCCCUCAGAGGAGACAAAAAACGACGAACAGGGCAUACUCAAGACCUGAAAAUGGAGUUUGUUAAGAAAUAACCAGAACAUCUGUCCAACUCUGACUGGACGUACCUUAUGAAGAUGGAGUUGAAGGAGAAACCAGACCUUUUGGUCUCAGGGGGUCAUUGUUGUCCUGAGAUUACAGGUACUUUCUUCACAAGACAAUGCAGGCCAGCUGCUACAGCUUAGAGCUGGUGAGAUGGAGAUAAGAAGAGACCCUCAUGCACUACUAAUUUUCCAAAUGGAUCCAAAGAUGUGUUUUCUUUAUUAUUAUUUUUUUUUUAGGAUUUUACUGUUUUUGGACACAGUACUCCCAUUGAUGUGUAACAGGAGAUUCCCUUUAGCUGUUUCAUCUUGAUCUUUUUGUCUUCCUCAUCAUAUCCCCAUGGGUUAUUUAAAUUUUUCUCCUCUGCAAUGGCUGAAGACAGAAUCAAGCAUGAAGUACACAGCAGUACAUUUCUAUUUUUACCUCCAAAAAGGGUAAAAAUUAUGCAAAGGGUGAUCUUAAUGUUCUCCCUGAUCUAGAUUUGUGUACAUCUGAUCGUGUUUAGGUUUACUUCCUGUGUAGCAUUUGAGGAAGCAGUGCUGUAAUGGAUGAUCAACUUAAGAGAUGUAACUUUGUAGUUUGUAGUCAGGUACUAUAAAACUGUAACUUUGCCUGGGGAGGGCACAGUUUUAAAGAUUAUUUCCAGUUUUAAAAAUACUGUAAACUGCUGUAUGUAUCUACUUGUAAAUCCUGUAAAAAUGCUUUCAAGAAAAGGUGAAACAAUUUCAACUGUUUGACAGCUAACAUGCUCAGCAUGGUCUGAAUGUUUUGGCCAUUAUUUCCAAUAUUAAGGUUAGAAAAUCACACCCUGCUUUCUUUUGUAAAGUGGGUUUGCCUAGGGGGAAGAGAUAACAGCACUUCUUUCUUGUCCCAUCUGUCAUCUUUUAUCAGCUCAGCUUCACAAACGGACAAAUUCCCGCCUACAACGCCCCAUGGAGGCAAACUUGUUUUCCCUGUAACAUUUGUACACAUCCGCUUCAACUCACUGAAUGGCCGCUGUUGCUCUUGACGAAACAGCUGCUCACCUGCCAGGGCAGGGGUUGUAAAAUGGUGUUUCAACACACUGGAUUCCUGCUGCUUACCUGCAGGAGCCGAAGAGGAGAUAUGACUGAAUAGACACACACAAGCCCCCCUCUCCCCAGACUGCUCUGACUCCUCCAUUGCUGAAUCAUUUACAGGGUACAAAUGACUCUUACGUAACCUGCUGUACAGUAUUUAUGCCACUCCUGCUGUAAAAGACAUGACACCAUUAAAGCUAUUUCAUUUUUA